UCCCACACUCUCUGCUUAUCCUCCUGCCUCUGCGCUCGCUGGCCGACGACGACGACAUCGACGACGAACGCACCAACGACGAAUCCGAAUAUCACUUAAUAAUCGAAUUCUUCUAGUAAUUUUUAAUGCACGCUGGACACGCUCGCUUCUCGUUCGAGCCACUUCCCGUCACCGAAUCUCCGCCCAACUCUACUCCCGUUCCUGAGCCUCUCUCACCGCUCUCGGACCUUUCGCCUUCACCCCCGCUCACCAGUGCCGUUCAGGGUGCACGAACGCGUCUAGCUUCGGGUUCGGUAAAUCGUCCCUCUCAACGCCGUCGCGAUGCCGCUGAACAUUCUGCGCCGCCACCCACUCCUAUGCAGUCUGUUAGACGGAUACGCCCAUUAGCAUGCACGAGCGCUAAUAUGAAUGUGAAUACGGCUUCACCAGUCGUAAACUCUCAAAGUGCGGCUGCUGAGAAGGCUUGGAAGGCGGACGCAUGGAGGACCAGUGCGGGAGACACGCAGCCGCAGGCAAUAAUUGACUUUCCACCAAAGCAUGUUGUACUCCAUCCGGAUGACGUGAACAAUAAAGUUUUCCUUGCUAUUGGACGGGCGUUAAUGUCGGUGAAUAACUGCGCUAUGACCAUCAAGGACCUCGCUGAACUGUCAAUGCGACAUGGCAUGGUCUGUCAAAAUGUGUCCGCCGCUUCGCAGGCCAUCACCUUCUUUAUUCGAUCUCACCUCAAUCGAUGUGAAGAAGAGCAGGACUUCCCUCUUCUGCUUCGUCACGUGCUUUCCGGUACUCAGCGGGACGACGCACUUGCGCCUGCUCUAUAUUCACGGACAGGAGGAAAUGUGACAAACAAGGACAAAACCGCUCGUGACGAAAAUGGCAACCUUAAGGAGCGGAUCACGUGUUUCCGUCGCGGAACAACAGUUUGGUAUCUAAGUCGCGCUGCGGGCGCCCCUUGUCCAUUUGCUCGAGUAGGCAUCGCAUUACGUGACUAUGCCGAGGCUUCUGCGAUCAGUAGCGUUGAAGGCAGGAGAAUCGAUGGAGAUCUGUCCAAAGGCAUCAAACGAAAGCGCGAGCGAAAUUUGAGAAGGCGAGCGGGAAGUGGACCCGCGGCUCGACGCGACGAUGAGGAGGGAUCGUCGGAAGAAGAAAAGAGGCCACAGAAAAUCAAGCUUACACUGCGCCUUCGCCCAUGUCUGACGACUAUGCGGGAAAAGACUGAGGUUGAGGAAGAUGAUACCCAAGAUUCUUCAGACUCGGACUCGGACUCCGAUGCGCAAGACGAACCGAUGCAAGUUGACGCACUCGUAGCACCGGCUUCCGGAACGUCUGGCCCUUCGGCCCGCAAAUCUGAGCCUACGUGGACGUUUCCACCUUUCCCUAUCCAACGACGCAUCUCCAUCCCUCCGUAUACUCCGUGUGAGGAGACAUACCCGUCCAUUUAUACCUCUCCAACAUACGCUUCCUCAUACUCUGAAUGGCCUGCGAUUACCAAGCCUAAACUGGAGCUUGCAUGCGUGGAUUCCCCGCCCAGACAGAGUUCAUCCGGUCAAGGCAGCUCGACCCAACGUGAACGUGCUCCCAGCGUGUCUUAUAGUGUUGCAUCCCCACCUCCAGACUCUGAUGAUGAGUUUGGGUUUGAUGAUGACGGCGACGAUGACGCUUCCUUUUCGAUGUCACCGGAGAUUCGGUUUAAACGAGAGGAGGACGACUUCCGUUAUGUUUGGCCGGAAGCGGCACCCUCGACUUCGUCAAUUGACUUAGCGCGUGUCAAAACUGAACCUGAUAUUGACGACGAGAUUGGGACGGGACCCUCUAAACGCUCCUCGACACAGACUGUUAAGCAAAUCAAGCUUGAGGACGUUGAGCUAGACAUUAGCUCAUUGACUUUGGCAGCCGGAGAAAGCCCGACACUGGAGGCUCCAUCGUUCGAACUUGAUCGGAUUAUCAAGCAAGAGGAAGAUGACUUCGCAUAUCUAAAUGAAGGCUUCUCCUGGGGUCAACCUGUAGAUCUUACCCACGACGAUGUAUUCGGACCCGAUUGUGAUGCGACCUCGCGGGUAAUAGUAGGGGACGAUGUGCUCUGGAGGAACGUCGAAUUACUGGGUCCUGACACUGUGGAUCUACAGGACCUGGAGGACGGUGGCUGGGACGAAGAGUUUUCUAGACAUGAUUGUGAUGGCUCAUCGGGAACAAAUCGUCAUGCACAUCAUGAACAAGCUGAUAGCUAUGGUCAUAAUGCUGGUACUCGUCAAUCACCAGAACACUCCGUUUCUGUUCCCACCUCUCAAAUUCCGAACUCACCAGCCCUUACGCUUGAGUCGUUAAGCCCGCCUCCAUCACUCGCCGGUUCCGUCCAUGCUUGGUCCGUCUGUUCUCCAGAUACAGAGAUAGAUAGUGUCGGACCGGCCUCUCCACCCUCGUUUGCCGGGCCGGAAAGCCCCUCCGUCUUGCGAAGCGAUGAUCCUCCAUUGAUCUUGCAAACGAAUAACAGCGAUAUCGGGCGCUCUUCUCCUUGGACGAUUCCGGGAAGGCAGGUUGGAUCGACAGUACCGUCAAGGCAGGCCAUAGCCGUUCGAUCAGAGGAUAUUCCUAAUAUUCCGUUGUCCGAACGACCCCCGCUAUGGGAACGCGGAAUGUGCACUGAAGAGGACGUUGAGGAACAUCUUCUCGAGCCAGCGCGGUCGCUGGAAAUGCUAGCUAUUAAGCAUUCUGCACGCGCUGCCCCUUCUAUUGAGGGUGCUCUAAGCGCACCGGAGCCACCGUUAAGUCCGCAGGAGGAGGCAGUUUUCCAAAGUCUAUGUACAUUCCCCGAUAUGUCGUGGGAGGACGAGCCUGACGUGAAACAAACCGACGAUUCGGAUGCACCCGAGGCAAUUGCUUCUCGUUCAUCGGAUGCAAACUUCGUAGACGUUCUGGCGGCAGCAAGGCGUCCAGCUAUGCGGUUACGUGAAAGGCGGCAAAGCAAGCGUCUUACGACGGAGUUGGAGCAGGCGCGAAAGCAGACCACGGAAGUUCCUUCACCACCUGAUAACGCAGUUGAGGAAAGCGAUACAGACUCCGAAUCUGAAGACGAUCUUCCAACGCCGAGACGGGAAAGAAACACCGCCUCGAAAUCUAGCAGUAAGGAUAGCAGCAAUGCUGGUAAAGGUCCAUUACGCCGUUCGAAGCGCGUCGCGAAUGCGGUGGCAACGCAGCGCAAUCGCGAGCGGCUUAGGCGGCGAACCGCGACAUGAUUGAUUGUUCAUCGACGCGAUAGUUGAAGUCAAUUUCCCCAGUUAUCCAGUUGUAUUUUUUACAUCCAUAUGACCUUAACCUCCAUGCCCUAUGUUCUAUGCCCCUAUAGCAUCCAUUUUCAUACUCCUCGUUACCCUACCAACUACCAAGUACCCGUAGACAUCAACCGACAUCUUUGAUUUCCGUUUUUUCGACGAACCUUCCUUCUUAAACUUCCUCACUUAAAUUCACAGAACGCCCAACCCCCGAAAGAGAAGUACAACAAAUAAUUACAUCGUAGCUGUAUAAAUUUAUUCAACAACUUUGUCCCUUUUCUCGUUUGUCAUUUGUCAUUUGUCUACUACUCAAAGAAACGUAGAGAUGUAUCCUUGAAACUGUUUUCAUAUUUGUCUUUUUCUACUCG